AUGAAGAUUUUUGGAUCUUUUAUUGCGCUGGCGACGGCGAUGAAUAAUGGCGUCGCUAGAACCCCUCCCAUGGGCUGGCUCGCUUGGGAAAGAUUCCGAUGCAACACAGAUUGCAAGACCUUUCCUGACACCUGUAUCGGUGAGAAACUGUUCAUGGAACAGGCCGAGCGACUGGCAAAAGACGGUUGGCUCGGAGUUGGAUACGAACUCGUCCAUAUUGAUGAUUGCUGGCCUUUGAGAGAUCGAGUGGAUGGGAAAAUCACCGCCGAUCCUGCUCGAUUUCCGCAUGGAAUCAAAUGGUUGGCUGAUCAGAUUCACUCCAUGGGCUUGAAACUCGGAAUCUAUGGUGACAUGGGCACCCACACUUGUGGAGGCUUCCCAGGAUCAAUGGGCUACGAGAAAACAGAUGCAGAUAUGUUUGCUGAGUGGGGAAUUGAUAUGCUCAAGUAUGACGGGUGCUACUCUGACGAUGACCAGCAGAAAGUUGGAUAUCCAGCGAUGAGCCACGCUCUUAACAAUACUGGAAGACCGAUUAUUUAUUCUUGCUCUUGGCCUGCCUAUCAAGGUGGUCUUCCUCCACAGGUGAAUUACACUUUGCUUGGUGAAAUUUGCAAUGUGUGGCGAAAUUACGGCGAUAUUCAAGACGACUGGGAUGAUAUCGUUGAUAUCUCGCAGUGGUGGGGCGAUCACGCGGAUGUUCUGGUUAAGGCUGCGGGUCCUGGAAAGUGGAACGACCCUGACAUGCUAAUCGGCGGAAACUACGCGCUCACUGUCAACCAGGCUCAAGUUCAGUUCGGCAUCUGGUCCAUCGUCGCUGCACCCCUCUUCCUCUCAACUGAUCUAAGGACCAUGUCCAAAGAAAUGCGAGACGUUUAUCAGAACACAGCCGUCAUCGCUGUUAAUCAAGUUUCGGAUUGA